AGUUGAGAAGAUGCGUGCCUACCGAGAGGUCGUGGUUAUGUUGCCGCUGGUGCUGCUGCUCCUGCUGCUGCCCCUGCCGCAACCGUCCGUGUCUGCCGAGAAGCCGCCACCAUGCAACAGCAACAUCUAUUGCUAUGGAGAUCUCCUGCACACGGUACAAAUGGCCUCCAUACAUGACGAUUCCAAAACAUUUGUAGACAUGAAGAUGAAAUUCUCUCCAAAUGAAACACUGGAACGUUUUGAGAAAUUCAUGAACAGAACAAACAGAAUGCCAAAUAAACUUCAAGUCGAACUGUUUGUGAAUGAUACGUUCGACCCUCCUGGCAGCGAGUUUGAGCCAUGGGAUCCAGUGGACUGGGUAGAAAAUCCAGCUUUCCUGGACAGAAUCGAUGACCCAUUGUACCGAGAAUGGGCAUCAGAGCUGAACCAUUUCUGGAAAAACCUUGGCAGGAAGAUUAAGGAUGACGUCAGGGAACAUCCGGAACAGUACUCAAUUAUUUACGUUCCGAAUCCAGUGAUCGUCCCCGGAGGUCGAUUUCGUGAGUUUUACUACUGGGACUCCUACUGGAUCGUAAGAGGUCUCCUGUACAGUGAAAUGUACGCCACCGUUAAAGGAAUGCUGAAAAAUUUUCUGGAAAUUGUCAACACCUAUGGUUUAAUACCAAAUGGUGGGAGGAUUUACUACGUAAUGCGCUCACAUCCUCCAUUGCUCAUACCUAUGUUCAAAAGCUACUAUGAAUUCACAAAGGACAUUGACUUCUUGAACGAGAGUAUGUCAACACUGGAGAGAGAAUUUGACUACUGGAUGAAUAAUCGUACUGUGACCGUCGAGAAAGAUGGAGUGAAGUACACCUUGGCGAGAUACAGCGACGAUUCAAGCGGGCCUCGUCCAGAAUCAUACAGUGAGGAUGCCCAUAACGCAAGGAUCUAUAAGACAGUAAAAGAGAAAAAUGAGUUUUAUUCUGAACUCAAAGCUGCUGCAGAAUCUGGAUGGGACUUUUCUACAAGGUGGUUUAUGCUAAAUGGUACAAAUAAAGGGAACCUGACACUGCUAAAAACACGGCAGAUCAUUCCAGUUGAUCUAAAUGCCUUUAUUUACUCGAAUGCAAAAAUUUUGGAGGACUUCUGGCGAAUGCUUGGCAAUCCAACCAAAGCUGAAUACUACAGAGAUAUAGCAGAAAAAUGGAAAGAGGCUGUAACUGCUGUCCUGUGGCAUGAUGAAGUUGGUGCCUGGCUUGAUUAUGAUAUGUUAAAUGAUAUUAAACGGGAUUAUUUUUAUCCAAGCAAUAUUUCACCAUUAUGGACAGGCUGCUAUGAUAAAAAUGAUCAUACAAAAAUUGGAAAAAUCCUGAAAUAUUUAGAGAAGAGCCAGGUAAUGAGUAGUCGAGGAGGUAUACCAACCUCACUUGAACAUUCAGGUGAACAGUGGGACUAUCCCAACGCAUGGCCUCCAUUGCAGUACAUAAUGAUCUAUGGCCUUGAUCAGACUGAUGAUGAAUGGGCUCAAAGUCUGGCACUUGAAAUAGCAGACAUGUGGGUCAGAUCAAACUUCAUUGCUUUCAAUAGCACGAAAUGUAUGUAUGAAAAGUAUGAUGCCACCCUCAUUGGCGUUGGGGGUGGAGGUGGCGAGUAUCGCGUGCAGCUUGGUUUUGGCUGGACAAAUGGUGUUAUCUUGGAGCUGCUGAAUAAAUAUGGCCAUCAACUGCAUGUUGUUGACAAAUUUAAAGUAAAAGCUGAACAGAGCAUAGCAUCUGGUGUGCAAGCUAGUGGAGGCCAAGUGUUAACAGCAGUGCUUGUUCUUCUCGGCACAUUGGCUAUCGGCAGCAUUGGGUUGCUGAUGUAUAAGAGAUGGGCUCAAACUACCACAUCACCAACUGCAGCCAGAACUCAGAGAAAGCGUGGAAUCUUCCCAAAGCUUUGUGGAGGUUAUACAGAAUUAAAGGAUCUCAACUUUGACUAAGUUUUAGCAUAGUUAGGUAUAUGGUUGAUUUCCAGAGUUCACUAUGGAAUCUUGAGAGUGUAUUUGAAUCAAUGAAGAAAGUUGAUAAAAUUGUAAUAAAUCAGUGAGAAUGCAUUAAGAACAAUCAGUAUGAAAGCAUUUACAUUUAAAUAUGUUUAUGCUAUGUACAAGAAGAAAAGAAACUAGUUGUGUGAUGUUCCUAUACGUCUUAUCUGAAAACUUGCCACUAAAAUAAACUGGCUCAGUCAUUCUUAUUUUUACAAUGAAUCAGUUGCUCAAUAUUUAUGUCAGACUGAAUUGCCAGGACUAUUUCUUAAUGUGAAUGUGACAUUCUUGAGUUAGAUAUAUUUGUUCAUGUUGAACAAAGGAAUGAUUGUAGUGUUCUGGCAAAACUGUCUGAGAAGUGAGUGCCAGGAUAUGAUUACUUAGACUGUAUGAUCUAUUUGCUAACUUCGUGCCAUAAAAUAUGUCUUUGCUAAUUCGUGAUAAAUCAGUGACAAUAUUUCCAUGUACAAGUCAGUAGGAUUUUGUACCUCUACUUAUGGGACAGUUACAAUGUAAUAAAUUUAUUGGUGUUUUGUAUAAACAUUUGUGAAGCAGUACAUGUAUGAUUCAAAAUUAUUUUAAUCACAAUAUAUUAAUGGUGAUAUAGUGUCUUCUAUGUAGAAAUCCCACAGUAUCCAUGUUAACACCGUGUAUCUCUGACUUACUCAUUUGAUGUAAAAAUGUUAAAUAUUGAAACAGAGAUGAGCACAAUAAAAAAAACUUCACAAACAUAACUCAUGCUGCCCUGCCAAGACAGAUUUGUCAAUUAGUCAACUUACUGGCUAGUAACACUUGCCCCAGAGGGAUUUGUUAUGAAAUUUCAAACUUUUUGUCAUUCACCAGUAAACUAACAUGAACUACCACAUCCCCCAGCCCAUUUCCUCCUCAACCAUUACUGUCUCCUGUCCUGGGUACACUCUUGCAAAAUUACAAGCCGAACUGCUACUGCCUUGUCAAGACAGAUUCAUCAAUUUAUUGUCUAGUAAUACUUGUAUCCAGAGGGAUUUGUUAUGAAAUCUCAAUAUUUUUGUCAUUCACUGUGAGAUAAUAUGAGUCCCCCCCCCCCCCCCCCUUUCUCCUUCCUCAAACACUACUAACUCUGAUGCUGGGUACAGUCUUGCAUAGUGUGCAUAUUUAUAUAGAACAAUUAUUACUGAAACAAGAGGUUGUGAUCUGUAUUCUUACCCAAAAUCACAAGGUAACCAAUCUGCAGCAGUUACUAUGGAAAUGCUGCAGUUAAUUAUUUAGAUUGGUUAUAUAUUACAUCUACAAUCAAAAAAUAUGAUUCUGAAGGAGGAAGGUAGAAUGUUCAAUUUAUUCAUACAUUCAUUGUAUGAAAAUUGAGCAGACUUUUCUAUUUUUAGUGCACACAUUUUUAUACCAGUUUGAUUAUCUUAAACAUUAAUGUACUAAUAACUGCUGUCUGCUCACUGUGAUAUUUAAGAGAAGUGCACCAAAACUGAGAAGUUUAAUCUCAUAUGAUGAGAUAUUUUAAAGAACACCAUACAUAUAAAUAGGAAAUUCUGACUCCAAUUUCUGUAUUUAUAAAUUUGUAUCACUAUGCAAGAAUAUUAUCACCUUAUUGACAAGCACUGUAUUUUGGAUGACCUCACCCCCCCCCUCCUGCCCCCCCCCCCCCUCAGCACCACAUCUCAUGUGUUUUUGUGUUAAUGGAUGUACUAUAUUGUAUAAAUGUAAUGUAACUCUGAUGAUCAUCUGAAAAUGGUUAUUUUUUGAUGUAGCAUGCAUUUGGUGAUUUGUAUGAUUGUAUAAGUCACAGGUUACCAUUUAUGUUAUAGUAUGACAGUUCUCACAUAGUAGCUCUCACUGACUAAAAUGAAACAAUAAAUCAUCCCAGUAGCAAAAUUAAGGCAUUCCUCGCACUGUCAUGGUUGUUUGGCAGGUGGUGGUGCCACAGUGCCACAAGAGUGGUGGCAGAGCAGUGUCACCAUUUGUGCACAUCAUAGUGAAAGAGGCAGUGCAGUCAGUCACAAUCACAUGUUGUCAACAAAGAUCAGGCUCUUCUGUUACACUAGUCAACAGCAUUUUUGCCAGAAGCAAUAUGAAUGAAUUUUUUAAAAACAUUUGUGGGUCUCGUAUUUGAAAAUGACAUUAAUUUCAGCUUAUCAGGCUCAGUUUUUCGUAUCUCAAUAACCUCUAUCCACCAAAAUACUCAGAAAAAGUCCCUGCUUAUUCUGUGGGGCUUACUUUAAUUGUUCUUCACAGGUAACUGAUGAAAAAUAAAUAUUAUGUGCCAGGGACUCUCACACAUGACACUUUGUUCAGAAAUCCAUCUCCAGAAAAUAUGGAGGUUUAGCAACAUUGCUGAGUUGUCAUACUCAAAUGGCUUGUACCUUUGUAUGUAGUACAAAUUCUUUUUCUAUAAAUGCGGAGUGUAGGCUCUUAAAUGAAAACUUAAUCCUACCUCCACUUAUGCUGUUUCACAUGCUACACUAUUGAUUUAGUAGUUAAAAGGAUCACAUCACACAGUCUUCACUGUUUCCAUGAUAUGAAGAACCAUUGGAUCACACAGAAGAUUAUUAUUCUGAACUCACGAAAAUAAUUACAGUCACCUCAGAAACAAAAACAAAAUUGCAAUACCCCAGUUUUCCACUCACCUGUCAGUGCCAGUGGUCAUUGAAAACAUGAUAGUGAGAGAAGAUGAAUACAGUGAUGAACACACAGAAACUAAAAAAGGAUAUAUGAAUCCUCGCCCAGUAUUGAAAAACCUUUGUUAUCCACAGAGACAGAUAAAGUUGUGAUUGUGAUAAAAAUGAGAAUACUGCCCAGACAAAAGAAUUAAGAUUAUGAACAGUAAUAAAAGACAAAGAAAGAAAGAGAGGUAAAUUCAUACAUAUGGAAGAUGUUUAGGCCUUAGAUCAGAAACAGCAGUGGCAAACUCAAAAUUAUAUCAAAUCAAUGUAAGCCUGCAGGCUUUUGUGUCAUUGACCAUAAAAUCUUCAGAGUCAUUAGGUUGUGUCACACUCCUCUUCAAACUUCUUUACUGCUUGACAUUUUGGUUCUUCUGCUGUUAUCUUCUUCAUGAUUCUAUUGGUGCCUCUGGGUUGCUGGGCACUGCAAAAGACAGUGUUGUGUUUGCUUUUAAAAGGCUUAUUUUGCUGUACUUUUUCAAAUAUGUGGAGUUACUGUAAAAAAUUUUCCAGCUGCAAUUGGUGGACCAUUAUAACUGGAUAAAUACUGGAAGCAGAUGCUGACAGAGAGGAAGAAAAAUACCAUUCUUGACCCAAACUGAGUGAUAAUAAACCUCUCAUCUGAGGAAUUCAGUGAAUAAGCUAUUGCAAUGGUGAGCAAAGGUCUUUAUUUCACGACUACACCAAAGAGAAGACCCACAGAAGAAAUCAUAAGUACUACUGAAGAAUUUUUAUUCUCUCACUUGAAGUUUCAGGAUGAGGAAAUAAAAUAGUAUGUCUCAAUAAUUUUAAGUCAAGUGAAACCAUUCUAGAACAACACAUUCACAUGGAAAAGGAAAGCUCCUAAUGAACUAAAGAAACAUGAAUCCAUUGUUGUCAUGAGAGCAGAUAACGGAAAUGUGACUCCUGUUUUGUAUACAGCUGAAUACCACAAGAAGGUAGAACAACUAUUGGUAGAGCAAGUGUGCUGUAACCUCAAAUGUGAUCCAACAAACAAGAUGGUUAGGAAGCUGAAAAAUCUGUUAUCAGAUGCCAUAAUGGGCAGCUCUACUAACAACAAUCUGAUGUGAAAUUCAUUUGUGUUACCUAGAAUAUAUGGUCUAUAGAAGGUUCAUAAGAGAAGAAAGGAAGAUUAUAGUUUAAUAUCCCAUCAACAGCUCAGUCAUUACAGAUGGAGCUUCACAAAGAAGGUUGUCCAUUGAGACCAAUAGUGAAUAGUAUUAAUUCUACAAUGUAAUUUUUAGCUACACAUUUAUCAGGAAAACUAAAGUACCUUGUGAGAAAAAUGAAUUAUUUUGUGAAGGAUUCAACAUUUACUUAAAAUAUUAUGCACAGUUAAAGUACUGCUACUGACAUACUUGUGAACUUUGAUGUCAAAUCCUUAUUUACAGACAUCCCAGUAGCAGGUACUAUGGAGAUUAUUGGGAACAAAAUUGCUCUGGAUAUGUGUGACCAGGUCAAAUUAUGUUGCAGUUAUCUUAAAUAUAAAAAGGAAUUUUAUGAACAACGUGAUGGUUUUGCUUUGGGCUUAACUACACUCCUGGAAAUUGAAAUAAGAACACCGUGAAUUCAUUGUCCCAGGAAGGGGAAACUUUAUUGACACAUUCCUCGGGUCAGAUACAUCACAUGAUCACACUGACAGAACCACAGGCACAUAGACACAGGCAACAGAGCAAACACAAUGUCGGCACUAGUACAGUGUAUAUCGACCUUUUGCAGCAAUGCAGGCUGCUAUUCUCCCAUGGAGACGAUCGUAGAAAUGCUGGAUGUAGUCCUGUGGAACGGCUUGCCAUGCCAUUUCCACCUGGCACCUCAGUUGGACCAGCGUUCGUGCUGGACGUGCAGACCGCGUGAGACGACGCUUCAUCCAGUCCCAAACAUGCUCAAUGGAGGACAUAUCCGGAGAUCUUGCUGGCCAGGGUAGUUGACUUACACAUUCUAGAGCCCGUUGGGUGGCACGGGAUACAUACGGAUGUGCAUUGUCCUGUUGGAACAGCAAGUUCCCUUGCCGGUCUAGGAAUGGUAGAACGAUGGGUUCGAUGACGGUUUGGAUGUACCGUGCACUAUUCAGUGUCCCCUCGACGAUCAUCAGAAGUGUACGGCCAGUGUAGGAGAUCGCUCCCCACACCAUGAUGCCGGGUGUUGGCCCUGUGUGCCUCGGUCGUAUGCAGUCCUGAUUGUGGCGCUCACCUGCACGGCGCCAAACACGCAUACAACCAUCAUUGGCACCAAGGCAGAAGCGACUCUCAUCGCUGAAGACGACACGUCUCUAUUCGUCCCUCCAUUCACGCCUGUCGCAACACCACUGGAGGCGGGCUGCACGAUGUUGGGGCGUGAGCGGAAGACGGCCUAACGGUGUGCAGGACCGUAGCCUAGCUUCAUGGAAACGGUUGCGAAUGGUCCUUGCCGAUACCCCAGGAGCAACAGUGUCCCUAAUUUGCUGGGAAGUGGCGGUGCGGUCCCCUACGGCACUGCGUAGGAUCCUACGGUCUUGGCGUGCAUCCGUGUGUCGCUGUGGUCUGGUCCCAGGUCGAGGGGCACGUGCACCUUCCGCCGACCACUGGCGACAACAUCGAUGUACUGUGGAGACCUCACGUCCCACGUGUUGAGCAAUUCGGCGGUAUGUCCACCCGGUCUCCCGCAUGCCCACUAUACGCCCUUGCUCAAAAUCCGUCAACGGCACCUACGGUUCACGUUCACGCUGUCGCGGCAUGCUACCAGUGUUAAAGACUGCGAUGGAGCUCCGUAUGCCACGGCAAACUGGCUGACACUGACGGCGGCGGUGCACAAAUGAUGCGCAGCUAGUGCCAUUCGACGGCCAUCUCCGCGGUUCCUGGUGUGUCCGCUGUGCCGUGCGUGUGAUCAUUGCUUGUACAGCCCUCUCGCAGUGUCCAGAGCAAGUAUGGGGGGUCUGACACACUGGUGUCAAUGUGUUCUUUUUUCCAUUUCCAGGAGUGUAGUUACCUGUAGCAGCUGGCAUUUUUAUGGAGUAUUUUGAACAAAACAUAUUAAUUAAGUAAUGGAGAACUAAAACUGUCUUGUUGACUCUGCUAUGAUGAAGCCAUGGUUGUACGGCCACUCUACAGGAAAGAGCUACAUAAAUUCAAUUAUUUUCUGAAUAAUAUCCUUCCAAAAAUCAGCUUCACCAUAGAUAUGGAGAGUGAGGUAGUCCUUCCGUUUUUAGAUGUGUUUAUCUACGGAAGACAUGAUAAUACUCUAGGCAAUAAGUUUAUAGAAAACCUACCAACAUAAACAGGAAUGUAGAUGCUGCUUCACACUACCACCCAACCCAGAAACAAGCUGCUCUGAACACUCAGCCCUUAUGUGUAUUCAGAAUCAGUGACAGUAAGAGCUUGCAAUCACACCUAAAUUCCCUUAGAGGAACAUUAAUGACUGAUGGCUAUGAUGACCUUUACAUAAAUAGGGCUUUCAAGUGAAGUGAUAAUAAUUCUAACAAUAAUAAUAAGAAUAUUAACAAUGAAAACAAGAAGAAUGAGGAACAUCAUGAACAUUCAAAAGGUUACUGUUCUGCCUAGAGUAACUGACCAUAAAGGCAGAAUCCUCUUGGACACUGAGUUAAGGACUAUGUUUUUCUAGUCAACACAAGGCAAAACACUCCUUCUAAUCUAUAAUGCUUGUGCCUGGCUGCUUCGACACUGUGGGAGUAUAUGAAGUGAUGUGUGAUUGUGGUAAAGUAUAUAUCAAACUAGAAGCAUAGUAAAAGAUGGAGUUAAAGAGCAUAAACCCCACACAUGUUUAAGACAAAAGAAAAAAUCAGUCAUAGUGGCACACCAAAAAUAAUGCGACCAGAUUAUGGAUUUUAAGAACAUAUGUGUGCUACCUAGAGAAAGUAAUAUUUAUAGGAGGAAUGUCAGUGAAACAGUCAAAAUAUCGAAGAAUUCUUCAUGGUUGCUUGCUAUAAUGGAAGUAAACAUCAAGCCACAGUGAGCAAUGAACAUAAACAGCUACCAGGAAACAGCUGAGGCAACACAAAAACAAUAAUAUUUUGGAUUUCCCCAUUCUGUUGCCACCUGCUUUCAGUAUUUACCCAAUGGUGACAGUCCGACAAUAGUAGCUAGAAGAUUUUUACCCAGUAACUUCACUUCUUCAAAUAAUGCUUAAAAAUAGCCUUUUUAUAAGUGAAUGUGACACUAUAUUUCAAUAGCGACUGCCAUCCAGGAACACUAGUGUAAUCCUGAAGAAGAUUACAGCAGAGGAGUAGAAAUGGUGAGCAGUGAAGUAGUCUGAAAAAUAUGACACAUCCUAAUGAUUCGGAAGACUUUAUCAUAAAUUAUAGGGAAAUUUCAGAAAAAAGAGUUGGUGAGUGCAUCACAUCAAUUUAAAAAGAAGCCAUACUAAAAAUUUGCGUUUACACUGCAAGUUUAUCUAGAUUACAAUAGGUUUUAUAUUGCCUUCAGAGUGGUCUGCAGUUAUUUUACUUCAAUUUUGAAUAAUAUUAAUCACAUUGAAUAAUUGUGAAUCAUCAGCCCUAAAAAAAACAGUGAUCAUUAUGUUAUGACUCCUUAAAUUUAAAUUCCAUUACUUGACUGCAAGCUGAACUGAUCCUACCUAAUCAAUACCAGUAAGAGAAACGAACAGUUCCUAUCUUUAAUCAGUGUUACAAAAAGGAUCAUGUACUUAUGCCUUUCACAUUAGACAGUGCAUGUAUUGAACAUUAUUAAAUUCAUCUGUGUUUACACUUUCAUGAAACUGAAGUUAACAUACUAUUACCAGUACAAGUUACUAGAUGUUGUUACAUUGUUACAUUAGUUUAGUCUAGACUGAAAAUAGAUAUGACUUUGCUUUCAGUUAUAAAAGUAAUUUCAGUAUGUUAGUCAUAUUUCUUAUACAGCAAUGUAUCACCUAAAGUGCACCAAACAUAAAAUACCAUAGUUCCACUUUCAGUGCAAACACUAUGAAUAUGUUCCUUAAAUUCAAGACACCAUAAUAACUAAGACUAAUUGAGAAGAUAACUAGUAUACUGUCAAGUAGUGCUGUGAAACUACAAAAUAUGGAAUUAUUAACUUUCCUAAGUAAAACAUUUUCUGAAAAUCACUUGAGAAAGAAUUAGUUAGGUACUCAGUUAUGACCACAGACACUCUUCAGUGUUGUUUGUUGUGCAGUUUCUCCCUUGCCAAUGUGGGAAUUGCCUUAUACAAUCAAGGGAACUCUAAUUAAUGGGCAGUUGUAUAGUUCUGCAACAAAAACAGAGUAGUUUGAUUUUAAUUCAAAAUAAAAAUGUCUAUUUAUUUAUAUUUGGUACAUCGUUUGGAGAGGGAGAGAGAGAAGAGGAGGAGGGAAAUGGAAAGGGAGAGGGAGAGAGAGAGAGAGAGAAAAAGAGAGAGAGAGAGAGAGAGAGAGAGAGAGAGAGAGAGAGAGAGAGAGAGAGAGAGAGAGAGAGAAGAAAGACAGAGAGACAAGUAAUGUGUAGUUCCUGUGUGUUUGUACCUUCAUUAUUUAUAUCAAAGUAUACUGAUAUUUUUAAACAGUAUUAGAAUAAAUGUUUUGUUUGGAAUUAUGGCAAUGACUAGUUGUACUGACAUGUCUAGUGCUAUUGCAGAGAAAUGUUUCUAGUUUAAGGCCUUUCAAUAAAGAUAUGUUCAUUGUA